CAACUACAAACGACGGUUUUUAGAAACCAUAUAUGCUAGAAACAUCAUAAACUGUAUAUAGGCUUCGAAAAUUGAAAAAAGCGCCCCUCACGACUGUGUGCGCAACUAAGCCACUAUUGAAGAAAAGCUGGCUAUUGGCUUUAGGAAAAAUGUGACUUCUCCACAGCGAAUAGGAUACUUGUAUUAAGCAAUACUACUACCAUUAUUGAGAGUAUUUCAAUAGACGCACAGGUUGACACAAUACAAAUGGAGUCCGAUGAUUGGUUACAUUGAGAUGUAGGAAUACUGGAGGCCGUAUGGCAUUGGUGAGGGCCGUAUAGAGAGCAUAGAGAGGGUUAGCGACGAAACAGGCUCAUGUAGUAGGCUGUCUCUAUCACAUACUUUACAGCCUCUCAAAAAGUUUAAGCUGAGAUUAAGCAGUGCGUACAAGGAGUGCUUUCUCCAUCGUACCACGGCUGGCACUGAUAUGUCAUCGAGACAACAUUUUCGCACACUUGUACCUAAGAUGCGCAGUUCAAUUCAAAAAGGACAAUCUGCAACAGAGUGUGAGAUAAUAGCACGCUUACUGGGCUACCUCCGAAUAUAGGCGUACGCCUUCCAGUAUAUGUGUAUUUCAAUGUUCUGUGCCUUUAAAGUCUUAAACUCCAUAUAGUUAGCCCCUCAUCACGACCGAUUACGGUCUUGUAUACUUAGGUCACUUAGGCGAAAAACGCGUAACCAUAAGGUGGACACUACCGCAAGAAGCGUUAGAGUUGAAAGGGCGAAUCACGUGGUAGCACUAUGCGUGCGCAGUUAUCUCUGUGAACUCGUAUCUAGUUAGUAUAUAUAUCAGUGGUUCAGCGGUUAGCUUGGAAUGUGACGUUAUUGGACCUACGGGAUCCGGACCAAAGUACGUUCGCUAGUGGCUAUACUUUGUCCACUUUGUCUAUUUGUAUCAUGGUGGAAACUAGCAUGAACUAGCAUACGAUGCAUUUACAGCCAUAAUAAUGAAUGCAAUAUCUUUCGGAAAAAAAGCUAGAUGUAACGUACAAAAUGGUGCAUCCAGAAGACUGAUGGAGUGUUACAUUUGGGAAAGUUAAUGUCGAAAAUUAAAUAAGAGCAUCUGUUAGGGAAGUGCUCCGAUUUCAUUGAGAAAAUCGGGUAUAUUUGUUAGCUAUGCCAUGUAUCAAGUUUUUAUUAGUGGAUACCGUUUGGCAGAAGUGUCCCAUGGGAAGCCGUAUUACGUCUACACAGUGGAGGUCGUGGAAUCCGCUAACAAUAUCAGACAUUUUGUGGAAAAAAGAUAUAGCGAAUUUAACGCUCUUCAUCGCACGCUGAAGAAGGAGUGUGAAACAGCAGCUGCAUUUCCUCCCAAGAGGGUUAGGAAUACACAACCUAAGGUAUUGGAACAACGUAGAGCUGCGCUGGAACUUUACGUUCAAAAGAUGCUACGUCUGUCAUCCACAAAGCAACAGGUUUUAAACUUUUUAGGUAUAGAAGGUCCAGCAUCGUCACGUACAACAUAUAAAAGAAUUCAAUGUUUCAGAAAUUACAAAGAACCAGCCAUUAGAGAUUCAAGACAAAAUCGACCUGGCUCUGUAAGUCAUUAUCCAAUUUUGACUUUCCAUUGUGAUCCUUAUGUUCGGCCAAAUCCAUCUGCUGGUUUACCUGACAUUAUAAUAGAGGGUGCACUUCUAGGUGUUUAUGACUCUUAAUUAUCUUUUGCAAGUUUAAAAGUUUGUAAUAAAUCUUUAAUGAAAAGUGUAA